AUGAGCAAAUUAAACAGUGAAUUGUUAUCCCAAGCAGUGGAUGAUAUUUUGUCGUUCUCAGCUGGUGAGACUGUGACUAUUAAUGGCAAUGAGCUAAAGGGUAAAAAACGUAAUUUUAACGAGACCAUUGAGCUCCAGAUUGCUCUUAAGAACUACGACCCGCAAAAAGACAAACGUUUCAGUGGCACGUUCAAGUUGCCGACGGUCCCUCGUCCCAACAUGAAGAUUUGUGUACUUGGAAAUGCUAUUCACUGUGAAAUGGCUGAAAAAGAGGGCUUUGAGUACAUGACAGUGGACGAUCUGAAGAAAUUCAACAAGAACAAAAAGGCUGGUAAGUUCCCGACACUUGUGACGUCAAACGACUCGCUCACGGAGAAGGCGGAUCAAGUGCGUGCUACCAUCAAGUUUCAGAUGAAGAAGGUGAUGUGUCUUAACGUCGCCAUUGGUCACGUGGGCCUUGACAAGCAGCAGAUUGUGGUGAACACGCAGCUGGCUGCGAACUUUUUGGCUUCGCUGCUAAAGAAGAACUGGCAGAACAUCAAGGUGCUGUACCUCAAGUCUACUAUGGGACCCUCUGUGCAGAUUUUCUUCUAG